UGCAUUCACUGAAAACCCUUUGUGUGCGUCAAACACUGUGUCGUGUCUCAUUGAAAUAAGACCAUGAUUUUCAGUGCAUGACACCAGGAAGUUUCCCGUGUAUACGUCCCUGGGUACUGAUCCCCGCAUCCGAAGGGAGAAAGGACAGUCUACACGUAUCCUUGACUCCGGCUAACUCAGCCUGGAAACUCAGAUGAACGAAGAUUCCUGUACACAUGAUAGAGAUAAGUUUAGUCCCUCUGUGAAAACUGUCUCCAUCAAGUGAGGAUAUAGACAUGGCCACCCUUCUCAGCCUUGCUCUGUUUAUCGGGGUAUUUCACAGCUCGGAUGGAAUCCUAUGCUAUGUCUGCGGCGCGGCUGGAGGAGACGGGGAGUGUAUUUCUGGGUUCAGUUCCUUCCUGAAUGUCUACAAACUUAUAAAGAACAACGACACUAAGCACGUCAACGACCGUGGCAGCCGCUCUCCUGGUUACGUGGACUGUGCCACCUUCCCCAAAAAACCUAUGUGCAUGAUUGAAGAAAUUCGAGAGAGUAAAACCAGAAAGAUCCUCAGUUACAUCCGGGGCUGUUCAGAUGGCAAGACCUUCUCGUUUGACCUUGCGCCUUUGAAAGGCCUGGGCCCCUCAAACUCCUCGACCUGUGGGUUUGAGACCCGGGGGUUCCAGGCCUGUGUCACCCUCUGCGACUCUGUCGACCUAUGUAACGGACCAUCAGGAGCCAACAGAUCACACCUUAGUAUGGCGCUGUUUGUCAUUUGUCUCGUCGUCCUAAAGAGCACACUACAGGCGUUUUAGUAAGACGAUUGGACAUUUCACUUGAUGAGAAUGUCAAAUGGCUUGACUAACCGGGACAAACCAAAACAAAUCUCAAUUUCACAACAUCACAUGUAUGUAUCCCAAAGUGGCUUACAUACAUACCAAAGAACAACUGAAGUUCUCGGAUAAGCUGACAGUUCUUGCAAGUUGGAAUCAGGUCGUUCAAAGCCAUUUGUUUGUCUACUAAAUCCAACUGCUAUGAUUAUGAUAACUCCUGCUGUGAUGAAGAUCAUUCCAGCAGUUAAUCAUCAUUACCAUAAUUAUCAAUUUAUUAUUACAUAUCCGUCAAUCUCUAGAUCUCGGUUGGUUCUGGGCACGAGGUCGUUGAGCAUAGCCUCUCUCUUAAAUUCAUGCUGAUGUUUAACAUCAAGUUUUAUUGUGGUGGAGUUUGGAAUAGCCUGCUAUUUCAGAUUGCCGAUAGUGACAGAAAUACCUUAGUCAUCACAAAUAUGAAAUGGAACCGACGCAUUUUUAACUGCAUUUUAAUAAUGCCAUGAAACCGAGGCAUUUCAAAACAUUUCUACUUAAAAUAUAUAUGAAUACAUAUUUCCAUCGGUUGUUCUCAGUGAUUCGGAGGAACCAAUGAUAGAAGCGGUGAGACUAUAAACAGAUCCGCCAUAUCUCACUGUCGAAAUGAACUAUCCUCUAUUUAUUAAAAUUAAGAAUGUAUGGCGCAAAAAAUCACAAGAUUUUAAUCAUGGUUUCUUUUGUAAAUUACUCCAUCAGCCAACUGUAGGUACUUUUGAUAAUAGACAUAUAUUUAAUUAUGGGGGAAAUCUGACUCCAAAGCCGAAAAUUGGCUAUAUAGUGUAUUUUCCGGGUGGGAAAUAUGGCCAUAUAGUGUGCUUUCCGUGGGAAGUAUGGCUAUAUAGCCAGUUUUCCGGGGGAAUUUGGCUAUAUAGCCCUUUUUCCGGGGGAAAUUCCCCUCUCUGACACCGGCACAGACAACAGUUUUUUUCAGUAAAUUGAACAGUGUUUCAUCGCGAAUUGCUGUACCGGCACAGAAAACAGGGUUUUUUCAGUAAAUUGAACAGUGUUUCAUCGCGAAUUGCUGUACCGGCACAGACAACAGGUUUUUUUCAGUAAAUUGAACAGUGUUUCAUCGCGAAUUGCUGUACCGGCACAGAAAACAGGGUUUUUUCAGUAAAUUGAACAGUGUUUCAUCGCGAAUUGCUGUACCGGCACAGACAACAGGUUUUUUUCAGUAAAUUGAACAGUGUUUCAUCGCGAAUUGCUGUACCGGCACAGAAAACAGGGUUUUUUCAGUAAAUUGAACAGUGUUUCAUCGCGAAUUGCUGUACCGGCACAGAAAACAGGGUUUUUUCAGUAAAUUGAACAGUGUUUCAUCGCGAAUGGCUGUACCGGCACAGAAAACAGGUUUUUUUCAGUAAAUUGAACAGUGUUUCAUCGCGAAUGGCUGUACCGGCACAGAAAACAGUUUUUUUUCAGUAAAUUGAACAGUGUUUCAUCGCGAAUUGCUGUACCGGCACAGACAACAGGUUUUUUUCAGUAAAUUGAACAGUGUUUCAUCGCGAAUUGCUGUACCGGCACAGACAACAGUUUUUUUUCUGUAAAUAUAACAAUGUUUUAUCCGGAACAGUUUACUGGCACAGAAGACAGAAUUCCUGUAAAGUUUUACAGUGCUUCAUGUAUUUGUGAUUCAUGUCAAAUGUUUAUAUCAAAAACAGAUGUGAUUACUGUGUGAUUAUGGCGGGUUUCGUUUGUUGACUUUCAGUCAUGUUAUUUAUCUGAUCACAACAGUGUGAGAUAUAUUGAAAUGAUUAAUACAGUAAAUAAAACAUACACGUACAUGGUAUUUUUUUUUUAAAAGAAUAUAUGUUUGUAUUGCUUAGUAUAUUGUUAAGAAUGUCAGUUUAUACAUAGUUACAAAAUGUAUUGUAUAAUUAUUCUUAUAAUAGUAGUCAGGCGAGUUAACGUAUAUAGAGUUACCUCCCUUCGGUGCUUCAAUUGUUCAUGUUCCUUCAGGUUAUGGAUAAACCUUGCUCUUGAA